UGAGCAGAGAUCUGUUUACAAACCCAAGGCAGAGCAGAACAGAGCAAGGGGAGGAAAGGAAGGCGAACUGCAGGCUCUCUGAGCACCAUUAUGGAUUGAAAGAGGAAGAGGUGAAGCCUGCCAUGACAAAGCCAGCUGGAGGUUGGAGAGGCUGAACACAACACGCGCAGACACACUCAUGAACACACUCUGCCUUUGUCUCUGAUUUUUUUUUUCUCAAUUGAAGGAGCAGAUGGUUAGAGGGAGAGUAGGAUCCCCCCUACGCACACAUACACACACACACUCUGACUGACACACAAACAGACAUACACCAGCAAAAUACCAAACCCUGCUUGAGGACUGUUGUUGACUGCAUGGAGCUGUCCUCACUUUGUUUGGGCUUUGAGGGAAGCACAUCUUUGGCCUCUAUACCGAGGAGGAAUAACCCCUGCAACAUUAGAGGAUUGAAGAAGGAGGAGACAACAGAGGAGAGGAGAGGGGGAUGAGAGUCGUGAAAAUCCUCUGUUAAAAAGCAGCUUGGAGGGGAAGACAAAGCAGAGACUAAUGCCAGAUAAUUACCUUCAUUGUACAAGGAGUGUCAUUUUGAACUGUGGAUGUUAUUGAUCGUGAGGGAACAUUUACUGCAGGAGCACAGUGAAAUCAGGCCCCUUUUCUACUGGAAAUGAUCCAGGAGCACAUGAGGUCUCCAAUACUGGUCCAAACCCCCUCCCCAGUCCCAAAUCUCCCAAUCUUAACACGGAGUGGUUAAUCCUAGAUUUGGGAAUGCUGGGUUAGCAAAAGAUUGCUGAGCCAACAAAACCGCACCUCUUAAGGAUUUGUGGAAUCUGAGCAAAUCUGAAAAUCCUGAUGGUUGUUUUUGAAGGAAGCUAACAACUUAACAAAAGAGUCAUCCAGCUCAGGGUGACUGAUUCCAGGCUCCAAACAGAUUCAGUGUCCGGAGCUCCUGCCCACGAGCUUGGCUCUCAUCCAGGGCUCAGCCUUCUCCUGACAGAGCCCGAAUUUACUGCUGUUGCCCUGGGAGUCAAAUUUCAUGCAACCAUUCCAAUGGUGUAACGGAUGCCUGUGUGGUUUGGGUUCUCAGCGCUCUGAACAGUACUGCAGCAUGGCGUCUGACAUCUACCACCUUCCGCUCAAUGUGUACGUCAUUGUGCUGGGCAUCGGCCUCUUUGUCUUCAUGCUCAGCCUCAUCUUCUGCUGCUACCUUUUCAGGUUGAAACAACAAGGAACCAGAGAGCAGUUCAGCUACAACGAGGUGGUGCUAAAGGGAGCAAGCAAGAAACUGAGCCUGCUUGGACAAACUUGUGCAGUGUGUCUGGAGGAAUUCAGGACCAGGGAUGAACUGGGAGUGUGUCCGUGCUCACAUGCAUUUCACAAGAAGUGCCUGCUUAAGUGGCUGGAGAUCCGCAGUGUGUGCCCCAUGUGUAACAAGCCCAUCCUCCGGCUCCACACAGACGCUCCCCAGGGUGCUGAGGGCCCUAUGGACCCAGAGGAGGUGUGAGGGACAUGAGGAAGAGGAGGGGGGAGAGAACAAACCUGACUCCCUCAAUGGAAAAUACACACAUUAAAAACAAACAAACAAACAAACACUAAUGGAUGAUGGACAGCGGUCAUUGUAAAGACAUCUCACAGGAUAUGUUGAUAAUGAUCCCAAGUGGCCACACCUCGCUGCUGACCUUUGAGCAAUACGCCUUGGUGGGUAGUGGAUAGCGGCGGUGCCAAAAUGAUUCGGUCAGAUCGGUCAGGGAGAGGGUAGAUGAAUAGGAUCUUUUCAUAAAAAUGCUCCUAGUUCUACUUCCAUAUUGCACUGUUCACCAAAAAAAGAAACAUGACAGGAAAGGAGCCACAUUAGAAAGCAGGAGUUUCAUUGCCACUGUCACUGGACAACUAGUGCAGCACUGCCAGAGACAAGAAAAAAAAAAAAAAAAAGACAACUACAGGCAUUGAGAG